AUGAUUCAAGUCUCGUAAUGUAACGGAGAUAGUUGGACUGAUAUGGAGGAGCUCAAUGAGAUAUUCGAAAAAAUGACAUCUGAGAACAAUUCAAAACAAAAUUAAUAAAAAACAAGGAUUGAUAUGUUUCAUCACGAAAUACUCAAGAAUGAUAAGAAUCAUUAAAUUAGUUUUAGAGAUGAUGUCAUUCCGACCAUUGGCUUGAUAGAUGUCAACAUAGUAGAUAAUUGGAAAGAUUAUAAUGUUAUUUAAGAAUAAGAUGUUGGCGAUAGUUGUUCUUGCUAUAUAUCUUGA